AUGGCAAACGGUCGGCUCUCUCUCUUCCGUGCACUCGCAGUCCUCAGCGCGUGCGCCGCUCCCUCGGCGGGCGCCCUGCUCAAGCGCACUAACGUCGCAAACGAACUCGCGAAGCUGAACGCGACUCUCGGCGGGCGGCUUUACUUCAACGCGCCCUGGGAGCUGCCAUGUUUCUCCGAGUACAAUGGCGAGCCUGUCACACCAAAUGCGACAGCAUGCGCGGCAAUCCAGGCGAACUACACAGAUCCUAUGUAUCGCGUGGACUUUGUUGGACAGUCUAUGAUGCCGCAAUGGGAGACGUGCCAGGUCAAGUCGCCGUAUUCGGGUUGUCUGCUCAACUCGAAUGACCCAUAUGACACCACGGCAUACGAGGGCGUGAACUGUCAGAUCGGCAACAUCCCUGAGUACUACAUCGAUGUACAAUCAUACACGGACGUGCAAGCCGCAAUGAAUUUCUCACUGAAGACGGGAGUGAACCUGACGGUGAAAAACAAGGGCCACGACUACAAGGGUAGGUCUACCGGCAUGGGUACUGUUGCUCUCUGGGUUAGCCACUUGAACUCGAUUUCAUACAAUCCCGAGUUUGUCCCUACUGGCUGUUCAGCAUCAUCAACUUACGACGCCAUCACCAUUGGACCUGGCGCAAUCACGGAGGAUAUCUACGAGUUUGCGGACAGUAUCAACAGGACAUUCAUUGGUGGAUACCACCAGACCAUCGGUGCUGGUGGAGGUUAUGUCCUCGGUGGUGGUCACAGUAUCCUCUCACCCGUUUUCGGUCUCGCCGCAGACCGUGCUCUCGAAUUCAAGAUCGUCACCCCAGACGGAGUGUACCGCACCGCAAGCCAAUGUGAGAACUCGGACCUGUUUUGGGCUCUACGUGGUGGUGGAGGCAGUACAUGGGGCGUUGUCAUUGAGUCUACGCACGAGCUCGCACCACAGGUCACUCUCCAGGUUGCAUCCAUCAGCUUCGCGGGUAACACGAACCUCAUCAACCUCGCAGAGUGGUACUCUCUCCUCGUCAAUGAGACGUACAAGUGGGGUAAAGAAGGCUGGGGUGGUCAUAUCACUGUCGGAACUAUAAUCUAUGUGAACCCUCUGAUGAACAACAGUGCCGCGAACGCCUCUAUGCAGGCUGCGGCUGAGUUCGCUAUCUCCCAGGGCGGUACCGCCAUCGUCGAAGAGCUUCCAUCGUACCUCACGUUCUUCAACAAAUAUGUCACUUACGCUGAGGCUGCCGUUGGCCCCGAGAUUACGCUUGGCACGCGAUUGCUCACAACCUCGCUCUUUGAGACUGAAGAGGGGCGGGCGCUGCUUUCGGGUGUAAUCACGGAGGUACUCCCCUUUGCGGCACCGUAUGUCGUUCAGGGCACGCCGUUCCUCUACAAUUACACCCGGGGUGCGACGAGCUUCACGCCUGCUUGGUAUGACUCCCUAUGGCACCUGUCGGUCCACGCAACUUGGGAAUGGAACAGCACGGUGGAGGAGAUCGCAGCUUCGUAUCUCAAUGUUUCGUCCCACGUGCAGUUAUUCCGCGAUAUCACCCCGACAAGCGGAGCGUACUUUAAUGAGGGUGACGUUUAUGAGCCAAACCAUACCUACUCAUACUGGGGCGACAACUACGCAGAAUUGCUCGAAGUCAAGAAGAAAUAUGACCCCAAUGGCGUCAUGCAGUGCUGGCAAUGCGUCGGCUGGGAGGGCCCGAGCGACCCGCUCUACCAGUGCUACCUCCCGCUUCCGCAGUCAUAA